UCUGGGCAGUUAAAAAAGUCCACUCAAAAAGGUUAAAGGUCGUUAUAGUAUCACUUAUUAGUCUCGGAGGGAGAGAGCUCUACACUCCCUGUAAAUUUUCCCUCACUUUCUCGGGGAAGUGACACUCCAAAAAAACGAAAGUAUGGAAACCGAGAGAAGGACACGGCUCUCGCGAACCAAACAGAAGGCGGAUCUCGAAGGAGUUCUGCGGAAAUCAUGGUACCACCUGAGGCUGGCCGUGAGGCAUCCUUCUAGGGUUUCCACUUGGGACGCCAUUGUUCUCACGGCUGCUAGCCCCGAGCAAGCCGAGCUCUACGAGUGGCAGCUCAGCCGCACCAAGCGGAUGGGCCGCAUCGCCGCCUCCACCGUCACUCUCGCCGUCCCCGACCCCCACGGCCACCGCAUCGGCUCCGGCGCCGCCACUCUUCACGCCAUUCACGCUCUCGCCGCGCAUUAUCAGAAGGUGGAGGGAAUGAAAAAUGGCGUUUUGGGUUGCCCUGUGCCGAAUGAGGGUUCUGAAGACGAAGCUUCUAGUGUGUUGGUAAGCUUCAUUGCCAAAAGGCAUAUACUAUUGCUUCAUGCUGGGGGUGACUCUAAAAGGGUCCCCUGGGCAAAUCCUAUGGGAAAAGUUUUUCUGCCACUUCCCUAUCUAGCGGCGGAUGACCCUGACGGGCCAGUCCCGCUGCUUUUUGACCAUAUACUUGCAAUUGCUUCUUGUGCAAGACAAGCUUUUAAAAAUGAAGGUGGGGUAUUUAUCAUGACCGGAGAUGUUCUCCCGUGUUUUGAUGCCUCCUCCUUGAUUCUUCCAGAGGAUACAUCCUGCAUCAUCACGGUUCCAAUCACUCUUGAUGUUGCUUCUAAUCAUGGUGUUAUUGUGGCAUCUAAGAACGAGAAUGUGGAAAAGAGUUAUAUGGUCAGCUCAGUUGAUAAUCUCUUGCAAAAGCCUAGUUUAGAAGAGCUUGUCAAGAAUAAUGCAAUCUUGGAUGAUGGUAGAACACUUCUUGACACUGGAAUAAUAGCAGUUAGAGGUAAAGGGUGGCUGGAGCUUGUUAAGCUUGCAAUGUCUUCCCAGUCAUUGGUUUCAGAACUUCUUAAGAGCAGAAAAGAGAUGAGUUUAUAUGAAGAUUUGGUAGCAGCUUGGGUACCUGCAAGACACGAGUGGUUGCGGCUACGCCCUUUGGGUGAAGAACUGGUCAACAGCUUAGGAAAGCAGAAGAUGUUCAGCUACUGUGCUUACGAUUUGUUAUUCUUGCAUUUUGGAACCUCUAGUGAAGUUUUGGAUCACUUAAGUGGGACUGGUUCUGGACUUGUGGGUCGAAGACAUUUGUGUUCUAUCCCAGCAACCAAUGUAUCUGACAUCGCAGCUUCUGCUGUUGUUCUUUCAAGCAAAAUUGAGCCUGGUGUCUCAAUUGGAGAUGACUCUCUUGUAUAUGAUUCAUCGAUUUCUAGUGGAGUACAAAUUGGUUCCCUGUCCAUAGUAGUUAGUAUUAAUGUCCCAAAAGUGAAGGGAACAACAGAAAGUCCAUAUAGGUUCAUGCUCCCUGAUCGCCAUUGUCUUUGGGAGGUCCCCUUAUUAGGAUGCACCGAGAAGGUCAUAGUGUAUUGUGGCCUUCAUGAUAAUCCAAAAGAUACAUUAUCUGAGGACGGAACUUUUUGUGGAAAACCCUGGAAGAAGGUUUUGUAUGAUUUAGGAAUUCAAGAAAGUGACCUAUGGAGCUCAAGUGGAGUUCAGAAAAAAUGCUUAUGGAAUGCAAAAAUAUUCCCUGUUCUUUCUUACUUUGAGAUGCUUGAUUUGGCUUCAUGGUUGAUGGGCUUGAAUGAGAAAAGAUCUAAAGAUUUCCUUGAAUUAUGGAGAAGUUCUCCUCGUGUUAGUUUGGAGGAGUUACAUAGAUCAAUUGAUUUCCCCAAAAUGUGUAUAGGCUCCAGUAAUCAUCAAGCAGAACUUGCAGCUGGAAUUGCUAAAGCUUGUAUGAAUUAUGGCAUGCUUGGGCGCAAUUUAUCUCAAUUGUGUGAAGAAAUUCUUCAAAAGGAAGUUUCAGGAGUCGAAAUAUGCAAGGACUUCCUUGACUUGUGUCCCAAGCUUUUGGAGCAUAACUCUAAGCUACUUCCAAAAAGCCGAGCAUACCAGGUGCAGGUUGAUCUUCUUCGAGCAUGCAGCAAUGAGCCAACAGCAUCCGAGUUGGAGCACAAAGUUUGGGCUGCUGUUGCUGAUGAAACUGCUUCAGCAGUAAGAUACGGUUUUAAAGAACAUCUCUUGGAGGUCCCAAAUAGCAUCUCUACUCCAUCAUCACAAAUUAAUAAUGGGUACAAUGUGAAUCAAUCUUUCCAUGCUAGAAGCAUAAAGGUUGAGUUACCAGUUCGAGUCGAUUUUGUUGGAGGUUGGAGUGAUACUCCUCCAUGGAGCUUAGAGCGUGCUGGUUGUGUUUUAAACAUGGCAAUAAGUCUCAGAGGUUCUCUUCCAGUUGGAACCAUCAUAGAGACAACAAAAGAAACUGGUGUCUUUGUCUGCGAUGACGCUGGAAAUGAGUUACUUAUCGAUGAUCUAACCUCCAUUGCUACUCCAUUUGACACCAAUGAUCCAUUCCGGCUGGUCAAAUCUGCCUUACUUGUGACUGGUGUUAUCCAUGACAAUUGUCUGAUAUCCGCAGGUUUGCGGAUCAAAACAUGGGCCAAUGUACCUCGUGGCAGUGGUUUGGGAACUUCUAGCAUCCUAGCAGCUGCAGUUGUGAAAGGACUUGUUCAGAUAACUGAUGGAGAUGCAAGUAACGAGAAUGUUGCGAGACUUGUUUUGGUGUUAGAGCAGAUUAUGGGAACAGGUGGUGGUUGGCAAGAUCAAAUUGGAGGACUAUAUCCUGGUAUUAAAUUUACUGCAAGCUUUCCUGGAAUUCCAUUGCGGUUGCAAGUCACACCGCUGUUGGCUUCUCCUCAGUUAAUUCUAGAGUUGCAACAAAGAUUGCUAGUAGUAUUCACUGGUCAAGUUCGACUUGCGCACCAAGUCCUGCAAAAGGUGGUAACGCGCUACCUUCGCCGAGAUAACCUUCUUGUGUCCAGCAUCAAACGCCUUGCCGAACUAGCGAAGAUUGGGAGGGAAGCUCUAAUGAACUGCGAUUUAGACGACCUAGGAGAAAUAAUGUUGGAGGCUUGGAGAUUGCAUCAAGAACUCGAUCCCUACUGCAGUAACGAAUUUGUUGAUAGACUCUUCGAAUUUGCCCACCCUUAUUGUUGCGGCUACAAGCUUGUGGGCGCUGGUGGUGGCGGCUUUGCCUUGUUACUUGCAAAGGACGCUGAGCAUGCAAAAGAACUUGGACGUUUGCUAGAAGAAGAUUCAAAUUUUGAGGUGAAAGUCUACGAAUGGAAUAUCUCCUUAGCCUAAUAUUCUUUUUGGCUUCUAAUCUUCAUAGCCUAAUAGUUGUAUAAAUGUUGUAACAAGGCAUCAUUAUUCUUUAUAUUUAUUGGUUUCUCAUGUAAUAUAAUUUGCGAUAAGUUACUCGGAUUAUACUCGAU